CGCUAGAACGCGUGUAAACAUUAGCGGCCAAAAUAUCUCCGUAGCGGCUUUCCUGCGUUUAACACUAACCACAACAUGAGGACGUUCGGAACCGACGGGUCGAAAAUGACAAGUCUGUUCGGGAACCGCAAGAUCAAGAUGCCUAACAUUUUAAAAAUAAGGUCCAGUUCGAGCGCUUCCAGCACAAACAGUCCUGCGGUGGAGCUGGACUCCCCACCAGCAGUCUUGACUUUUGAGGAGAACCUGAAGCAGCGGAAUCUGUUAGCAGCUUGCCAGCAGCUCAUCGCCCUGGAGGACCGCUUGUUCGGGGAGAACAGCUGCGCUUUGCCCGCAGAGAGGGAGCAGCUGGAGACACAGCAUGAGGUGCUCCUCAACCAAGUAUGGCUGGUGGUAGAAGCUUCCCUCAACUCGGGGGAAGAAGACCUGGAGAUCCUGGAGGAGGUGGCGAAGGUCAUCCAGCUAGAGGAAGAGCGGGAUAAGCAGUGGCAGAAGGCUAAAGAGAGCGGGACGGGGCCAGUCCCAGAUUGGAGGCCCUUCAACUGCAGGUCCACCCAUGACGACCUGCUCUCCAAGAUGGUGAAGAAGCGCUUGGAUGACACAGAGAAUUUAAGUGGAGGGGACAACUUGUCCUCCUCCCUCAAGAAGGACAUCUUUAAGAUGGGAAAGUGCCUGAAGGAUGACAUGAAGAAGGUGGUACGGGACGUCAAGCGUCGAUAUCCAGAAGAGUUUGACAUAUGCAACCUGUACGCCAGGCUGUACCACCAGACCUUCUCAGCACGUUUACUGGCAAUCACAGAAUUCGGUCUGGAUUUACAAGACUUGAUUUACGUCCUGUACUGGGUGCACAGUCUCUACCCUAAUGAUGUGCUGCAAUCCACCGAGCUGAAAGACGACAUCAACAGUGAACAUCUAGGAUGUCUGCUGCCUGCAGAUGUGUUGAGACCACUGGAGGAUCAAUACCUCUCACACAAGGAGGGUAUCUUGAAUACGUGGACUAGUAAUGCCUUGAAGAAUGAGGAGGAUAGUUGCCUGAAGGGGAAUCUCCCUGAUGUGUUUGACGGAUGCUACUUCACAAACAUCGCUAUUGAUGUCGUUGAGAUUUUUGAUGAGGCUGCAAAGGAGGCCAGAUCUGUUUUGGGUGACCUGAACAAAGCCAAGAGUAUUGCAGGCCAGCUGAAUAUCUUUCUAGCCAGCUAUAAAUCUUUUCUGGAGGCAGUUUUAAAAGGAAGAUAUGGAAAUAUUCUACCCACAGUAAAGGCGCACCUGGCCAGCCUGGAAACAUUUAGGGGCUACAUUAUGAAUAACGCUGACCUCUUCACUGAUGAUGUGAGAGCAGGCUGCCUUUCAACAGUAGCAGAGCUAAAAUGCUUGUGUCACUCUUACAUCACUUCCAGCGUACACAAAGACCUCAAGCCAGCAUACAGCAAGCUGGGUACAGGGACCUGGUUCUCCGGGGCUCCCGUGGGGGUCUUGGAGGGGCUGCAGAAAAACAUAGAAAACAUAAAGACAGCGUUGAACAAGGGCUGUUGUGAGGAACUGCUCGGUCAGUUGCAUAAGGAGGUGCUGGCAGAAUACGUGAGCAGACUGAUGAAGAGGAACCUAAAGUUGGCGGACGAGGAUCAGCAAAGGACUGCCGCCACGCUGGUCAGCGAGGACAACGAGAGACUGCACGCACUCUUCACGGAGGCGGGCUCAAAGGAGGAAUGGCUCAGGGAUGUUCUCUCCAAAAUAUCUGAAGUGCUCAGAAUCCAGGAUGUAGGAUUCAUCCAGCUGGAGGUGGCCACCUUGGUCCGAGACUUCCCCGAUAUCAGCUCUCUUCACAUCAAGGCUCUGCUGAGCCUCAAGCGCAACCUCUCCAGCGACGACAUAUACAGAAUCAAGCACGGUGUGAAGGUGAAUCGAAGCGCGGUCGACUCCAGCAGCAGCAGAUCCUUCUUCUCCAUGGUGUCUGUUAAACAGAAAUUUAAUCUGUAAUUCUCAGCUGUACUACUCACAUCCAGAGACAGUAGGUAGAUGUGUGUAUGUGUACAGUAUGUAUUUAAUUCCAGUGUUGAAAGUUGGGGGGGGGGGGGGGGGGUGUAGCAGGU